ACAGUCCGACCUCGGUUUACCCACCGCGCAGGACCACAGCCCUCUCCUCACGCCCCCUCCCCAGGAGGCAUCUGUCGCGGUGUGUUUGCGUCAUCGCGCCACGCCACCAGCAGAGCCCGGUGAAGAUGGCGGCAGCCGUUCUUAGUGGGCCCUCUGCGGGCUCCGCGGCUGGGGUUCCCGGAGGGACUGGGGGCCUCUCGGCUGCGGGCUCGGGCCCACGUCUCCGCCUGCUGCUGCUGGAGAGCGUGUCGGGGUUGCUGCAGCCUCGAGCAGGGUCCACAGUUGCCCCAGUGCCUCCUCCAGCCCGUUCGGCCCCACAUUUGCCCGGGCUCAUGUGCCUAUUGCGGCUGCAUGGGACGGUGGGCGGGGCCCAGAACCUUUCAGCUGUUGGGGCAUUGGUGGCUCUCAGUAAUGCACGUCUUGGUUCUAUCAAAACUCGAUUUGAGGGCCUAUGUCUGCUGUCCCUGCUGGUGGGGGAGAGCCCCACAGAGAUGUUCCAGCAGCACUGUGUCUCUUGGCUUCGGAGCAUUCAGCAGGUCUUGCAGUCCCAGGACCCACCCCCCACAAUGGAGUUGGCUGUGGCUGUCCUGAAGGACCUGCUUCGAUAUGCUGCCCAGCUUCCCACACUCUUCCGGGACAUCUCAAUGAAUCACCUUCCUGGCCUUCUCACCUCCCUGCUAGGCCUCCGACCAGAGUGUGAGCUCUCAGCACUGGAGGGCAUGAAGGCGUGUAUGACCUAUUUUCCUCGGGCUUGUGGUUCUCUCAAAGGCAAACUUGCUUCAUUUUUCCUGUCUCGGGUAGAUGCGUUGAGCCCUCAACUCCAGCAGCUGGCCUGUGAGUGUUAUUCCAGGCUGCCCUCUUUGGGGGCUGGCUUUUCCCAGGGCCUGAAGCACACCGAGAGCUGGGAGCAGGAGCUGCACAGCCUGCUGGCCUCCCUGCACAGCCUGUUAGGGGCCCUGUAUGAGGGAGCAGAAAACGCACCUACACAGCAUGAGGGCCCAGGAGUGGAGACGCUGCUUUCCUCCUCAGAAGAUGGUGAUGCCCAUGUCCUUCUCCGGCUUCGGCAGAGGUUUUCUGGACUGGCCCGCUGCCUGGGGCUCAUGCUGAGCUCAGAGUUUGGGGCUCCUGUAUCCGUCCCUGUGCAGGAAAUCCUAGAUGUCAUCUGUCGGACCCUCAGCAUCAGUGCCAAGAACAUUAGCUUGCUUGGAGACGGUCCCCUGCGCUUGCUGCUGCUGCCUUCUAUCCACCUGGAAGCCUUGGACCUGCUCUCUGCGCUCAUCCUCGCGUGUGGAAGCCGGCUCUUGCGCUUUGGGGCCCUGAUAAGUCGCCUGCUUCCCCAGGUCCUCAAUGCCUGGAGCAUUGGAAGGGAUACCCUCUCUCCAGGCCAGGAGAGACCUUACAGCACCAUGCGAACCAAGGUGUAUGCUGUUUUAGAGCUGUGGGUGCAGGUUUGUGGGGCCUCAGCAGGAGUGCUUCAGGGUGGUGCCUCGGGAGAGGCCCUGCUCACCCAUUUGCUCAGUGACAUCUCCCCUCCAGCUGAUGCCCUGAAGCUGCGCAGUCCUCGCGGGAGCCCUGAUGGGGUUUUGCAGACUGGGAAGCCCAGUGCCCCCAAGAAACUAAAGCUGGAUAUGGGUGAGGCUGUGGCUCCACCCAGCCACCGGAAAGGGGACAGCAAUGCCAACAGUGACGUGUGUGCAGCUGCACUGAGAGGCCUCAGCCGAGCCAUUCUCAUGUGUGGACCUCUUAUCAAGGAAGAGACUCACAGGAGACUGCAUGAUCUGGUGCUGCCCCUGGUCAUGGGUGUCCAGCAGGGGGAGGUCCUAGGCAGCUCCCCGUAUACCAGCUCCCGCUGCCGCCGCGAGCUCUACCGGUUGCUGCUGGCUCUGCUGCUGGCACCUUCUCCUCGCUGCCCGCCUCCUCUCUCCUGUGCCUUGCAGGCCUUCUCCCUUGGCCAGAGAGAAGACAACCUUGAGGUCUCUUCUUUCUGUGCAGAAGCGCUGGUGACCUGUGCCGCUCUGACCCAUCCCCGGGUUCCACCCCUGCAGUCCAUGGGCCCUAGCUGCCCUACAGCUGCACCGGUUCCCCCUCCUGAGGCCCCAUCUCCAUUCAGAGCUCCACCCUUUCAUCCCCCAGGCCCCAUGCCCUCAGCAGGCCCUGUACCCUCAGUGGGCCCCAUGCCCUCAGUGGGCCCCAUGCCCUCGGCAGGCCCCAUGCCCUCAGCAGGCUCCAUGCCCUCAGUGGGCCCAAUGCCCCCGACACGCCCUGGACCUCCAGUUACAGCUAACCACUUAGGCCUCUCUGUCCCAGGCCUAGUGUCUGUACCCCCGCGACUCCUUCCUGGCCCUGAGAACCAUAGGGCAGGCUCAAAUGAGGACCCUGUCCUUGCCCCUAGUGGCACUCCUCCACCUAUACCCCCAGAUGAAACUUUUGGGGGGAGAGUGCCCAGACCAGCCUUUGUCCACUAUGAUAAGGAGGAGGCAUCCGAUGUGGAGAUCUCUUUGGAAAGCGACUCUGAUGACAGCGUGGUAAUCGUGCCUGAGGGACUGCCUCCCCUGCCACCCCCACUCCCUUCAAGUACCACAUCCCCUCCUGUAACCCCAGCCGGGCCACCAACAGCUUCUCCUCCUGUGCCAGCCAAGGAGGAACCUGAAGAACUUCCCGCAGCCCCUGGCCCUCUCCCGCCACCUCCACCCGCUCCGGUUCCUGGCCCUGUGACACUUCCACCACCCCAGUUGGUCCCUGAAGGGACUCCUGGUGGGGGGGGACCCCCGGCCCUGGAAGAAGAUUUGACAGUUAUUAAUAUCAACAGCAGUGAUGAGGAGGAGGAAGAGGAGGAGGAGGAGGAAGAGGAGGAGGAGGAGGAGGAAGAGGAGGAAGAGGAUUUUGAGGAGGAAGAAGAGGAUGAGGAAGAGUAUUUUGAAGAAGAGGAGGAGGAGGAAGAGUUUGAGGAAGAAUUUGAAGAAGAGGAAGGUGAAUUAGAGGAAGAGGAGGAGGAGGAGGAGGAAGAAGAGGAGGAGGAGCUGGAAGAGGUAGAGGAGUUGGAGUUUGCCUCCGCAGGAGGGGAUGCAGAAGAAAGCGGGCCUCCACCCCCAAGCCUGCCUCCAGCCCUGCCCCCGCCAGAGUCCCCCAAGGUGCAGCCUGAGCCAGAGCCGGAGCCAGAGCCUGGGCUGCUGCUGGAAGUGGAGGAGCCAGGGGCAGAGGAGGAGCCGGGGGCAGAGACGGCCCCUACACUGGCCCCUGAGGUACUCCCCUCUCAGGAGGAGGUGGAGAGGGAAGCGGGAAGCCCCCCACCAGGCCCUGCACCUCCUCAGGAGCUUGUUGAAGAGGAGCCCUCUGCUCCCCCAACUCUGUUGGAAGAAGGGACUGAAGGGGAGAGUGACAAGUUACCACUCCUACCUGAGACCUCUGAGAUGGGAGAAAUGGAGUCAGAGACGGAAGUGGCAGCUCUCCAGGAAAAGGAACAAGAUGACACAGCUGCCAUGUUGGCCGACUUCAUUGAUUGUCCUCCUGAUGACGAGAAGCCACCAUCUGCCACAGAGUGUGAUUCCUAGCCCUCUCCUACACUCACUCCUCAUUUCCAAUAAAGUUAUGUCCUUGGGUAUCAACUACUGCCUCCACCUUUUGCCACAUCUGUCACAAGCCCCAGUGUCGGGCGGGCUCUUCAAGUUACCCAGUUUUCUCCAAAUGUCUCCAUAACUAUCCUGUUGUUUGCCUCCUCCAGAGGAGGAGCUAUUCAUACAGGAGUAAGACUGCCCUGUUGCUCGAUGAGUGCCAGAAUUGCCCUCUGCUCUUUUUUAUUUUAAAGAUUUAUUUAUUUAUGCAUACGAGAACAGGGGUGUAGGCCAGAGGUGCAGGGUGUCAGAGGAUUCACCAGACAAAGUGGGGAGCAGAACAGGCAGAUCUACUGAAAUACACUGCUGAGGGGAGGAGUGGGUGAGACAGGAGAGGUCUGCUGCGCCAUGUGAGUUAGCUCCCUGGCCGGGGAUUGAACUCCUGCUGCGGUGGCUGGGAUAACUUGAUAGUGUUGUGUCUUUAACCACUGUGCCCCCAGGCGGGCCUGCCUUCUGCUCUAGCUAAUGCUAAAUAUAUGAUUGGUCAUGUCUGUGGUUAAGAUUAAAACGUGUAAAUUUGUAAUUCAAGUGUGGGAAUGCGUGGGAAACUGGUAUUAAGUGACCUAGCGAGCGAACCUAUGUAAACGUGUGUGUGCACACAGCCCUUUGGCCUGACAGGCUGAGUCAUGAUGGAAGUUUAGAAAAAUGAAAAGUUAGAGAAGUUUGGUCAUUGAAUUCUGUGAAGCUUAACUUUGGAUAUUGCACAGUAAAGGGGCAUCCAUAGUGGGUGUGAGGGAUGAUCUCUGUUCUAGGAAUGGUCCUGCGGGUGGUAAUAUCUCAGUAUCUUGACAAACUCACCAGCGGCCUUCCUACCCAGUCUUGAGGUCUGAAAUGUGAACAGAAAGUGCUUUGGAAAUGCAGAAAAGGGGGUGACUUCUCAGCUGUAUCCUGAAGGCCCUGUUUAAGGAGUGACAUUUUUUGAAACUUAGUAGAGAUUUUU